GCAUGCCCCCGUCCCUGUCGACAUGGUAUUCAGACAAGGGGGCAUAAAUAUAGUCGAACAGGUAUCAGUACCGUAAUGCCGGCUAAUCAAGGUUCAUGAUUAAAAAAUCAAACCCGCCAUGAACGUUUUAAAGCCCCAGUCACACAUUUAUCAAGAAAGCUCUGAACACAACCAGUGUGACGAGGAGCGGCCGGAGGACUCGGUUUUGGAUCUCAAAAAUGUCCCAGUGCUAACACCAGAGCAGGAGAAGAAACUGUGGAGGAAGAUUGACCUGCGGAUAAUGCCUAUCCUCAGUUUGAUGUAUCUUCUGGCUUUCCUUGACAGAGCUAACAUAGGUAACGCGGCAUUGGAGGGGAUUAUCACUCAACUGGAUCUCACGGGAAACAAAUUUAACAUUGUAUUGAUAAUGUUUAUCAUAGCAUACUGCCUGUUUGAAUGUCCCUCUAACCUGGUUCUUAAAGCGAUCAGACCAUCCAGAUGGCUUCCAGGGAUCAAUUUUGCAUGGGGGGUAGUUAUGACACUCAAUGCUUUCGUGAAGACGUACCCUCAGCUUGUUGGAGUGCGAAUCUGUCUUGGUAUCGCUGAGGCAGGUUUGUUCCCUGGUGUGGUUUAUUACCUUACUUUGUGGUACCCGAGACACAUGCUACAAUAUCGAAUUGGCUUGUUUUUUGGUGCUGCAACGGUUGCAGGUGCUUUCUCUGGCUUACUAGCAUUUGGGAUUGGUUACAUGGGUGGCAUGGAAGGACUCGAAGCAUGGUCCUGGAUCUUCCUGAUUGAAGGCCUUGCAACGAUAGUUGUAGCCAUCAUUUCUUUCUUUGUGCUUGUCGACUUUCCGGAAACAGCUAAGUUCUUGACCCCGGAAGAGCGUGCUUUUGUUGUCUGGAGGAAAAAAUAUGACAAUUCAUCGGUCGGCGAGGAAAAGAAGUUUGCUGCUAAGCACGUCUGGGCGGCAUUCACAGACUGGCAGAUCUGGUUGCAUAUCCCCAUUUAUGUGUCAAUCGUUGGGCCUCUGUAUGGCAUCACCCUGUUUCUCCCAACGAUCAUCAAGAGCUUUGGAUAUAACACGCCAGUCAGCCAGUUGCUCACCGUACCACCAUAUAUUGCUGGAACUAUCACAUUGCUCGUUUUUGCACACUACUCGGACAAGUUGAAAAUGCGAUCACCCUUCAUUCUUGCCGGCCUUACAAUGUGUCUCAUCGGCUUUUCGAUAAACAUAUCUACCGCACCCGAUGGUGUCAAGUAUUUUGGGACUUACGUCAUUGUUAUGGGAAGCUAUGCAUCAUUGCCUGGUAUCAUUUCUUGGCUUGGAAACAAUCUUUCCGGCCAGUACAAGAGAGGCGUUGGCAUGGCCCUCGAAAUGAGCGUUGGAAAUCUCAGUGGUGUGGUUGCAGCCACCGUCUAUAGGUCGCGAGACGCACCUCGGUUCAUCUUUGGGUAUGCAUUCGAACUCAUGUUCGUCGGGAUUGGAUUCAUCUUUUUGCCGCUUGUGGUGUUUAUCUACAAGAGGAUCAACGCCAAACGCGAUGCUGCAGAACGGCUCGCAAGAGAACGGGGGGAGAAAGUGCAAUAUUCGUACCAGGAAUUGCGGGACUUGGGAGACCGUGCGCCUGACUUCAGAUACACAUUAUGAGCAGGAAUAAGGUUAUAUCUUAUGUCUGUCAUUACCUGGUGUCGAGGAUACAAGUCGAGGCUUGUUUUUCUUUUCAUUUUCAGUCCCGUUGCCUGCGAAACUAAAGAGCAUCCUUUGGAUUAUCGAAACCUCACUCUGUAGAAAUCCAAGGUUAUGUUACUAUUACAAUAUUUGGGACAACAGAUAAAGAUGAGUCCUACGAUUGAACUUUGUCCGAAGCUGGUCGCAACAAGGUACAGCCUUUGACCUGUACUCCUAUGGGCGUGUUACCAUCAUACUGCGCAAUCUUC